AUGCUCCGGCGCGCCUGGAAACCACUUGUCGGUACAGCUGUCCUCGUCGGUGUUCCCAGUUAUAUCUACCGCAGAUACUCGUCGCGCUCGGAGACGUUCGAUCUUUCCAUUAGAGAACGAGGUCCGGAUGGAAAAUCGGUCGUCAUGACCCGCUCGUUCCCUCUGCUUUCCAAGGAGCAAACAAAUGCCCGUCUCUCCGAGCACGCCGCCACUCAGACGACGACGAGGCCGGACGGGAUGCGAUGGAACCACGCCACCGCACACCUAGCAUCCAACAGCCCAAUAGAGGAUGCGCACGCCAGUGCAAUCAUCCCGAGAGACCCCACGGAUCCCGCCUCACCGGGAGACUUCCUAUUCUUCACCGUAAUGGACGGGCACGGUGGUCCGCAUACAUCCAAACUGUUAUCUAACGUAUUAAUCCCCGCCAUCACCCUGGAACUCUACCAGCGCAUGAAGGAUUCUAGUGCCACCUCUCAACCGACCGGAAUGAUGGAAUGGCUGAAGUCGCUAAUAUACCCGUCCGCCGCCACUCCCUCCCCAUUCGACGCCGAUCCAUCCCGCGUCUCUCGCGCUUUCCAGGACGCUUUUCUGCGCCUCGACACGGAAAUUGUCAACGCGCCACUCCGCCUAUUGGCAGAACACAUAGACAAGCUGGACAUCCAAAAGAAUGCGAUUCCGGAUCUCAGCCAGCAUCCGAUGGCUAUGGCAAGUAUGCUUCCCGCUUUAUCAGGGAGCUGCGCCAUAAUGGCCAUGUUUGACACCGCACGCCAGCAUCUGUACGUGGCAUGCACUGGCGAUAGCCGCGCCGUCGCUGGCGUGUACGAGGAGGCUGAGGAUGGUCGGGGCACAUGGCGCGUUCAGCCGCUCAGUGAAGAUCAGACAGGCAGGAACCCGGCUGAGGUCAAGAGAAUACAGUCAGAACAUCCUCCAGACGAAGCCGACACUGUCGUCAUGCGCGGACGGGUGCUUGGAGGCCUCGAGCCCACCCGUGCGUUUGGUGACGCGCGGUAUAAAUGGCCUCGUGAGGUUCAAGCGAUCCUGAACGAAGCCUUUUUGAAAGGUAACAAUCACCCCAUGCGCUCAACGCCGUCUCUCCUCAAGACACCACCAUAUGUAACCGCGCAGCCAUUCGUCGUACAAAGCGAGCUCCCCUUCCGUUCUCGCCCCGAUCAACCAACUCCUUCCGGAACCAAAUCCACAUUACGCUUCCUUGUACUUGCCACCGACGGCCUCUGGGACGAGCUAUCCUCGGAGGAAGUGGUCGCGCUCGUCGGCGGACAUCUCGCCGGUCUCAAGGGCACCAUCCCCAAAUCCUCCCUGCCAGGUCUCGUGCCAAUGAGCUCCAAUUCGCAGGCAAUGAACGGUAAGAACAAGCAUCGCAGUAAAGACGCCGAGAAGGGCUCCUGGGCAUUUGUAGACGACAACGUCGGCACGCACCUCAUCCGCAAUGCGCUUGGUAGAGGGGAUGAGGAGAUGCUGAGGCAGCUGGUCAGCAUUCCCGCCCCGCACUCUAGGAGCUACCGCGACGACAUUACCGUGACCGUCGUCUGGUGGCAAGACGGCCGAGAGAACGAGGCAAAGGCGGACACGUUCAAGCCCGAGCAGAAAUUGAAGUCCAAAUUAUAG